AUGUGGCGUGCCAUUCCAAUCUGCUGUUCAGCUGGAGUAGGUCCUAGCCGUCUUGGGGUUGCGCUCCGAGCAGCAGCGGGGGGGAGAACGCCGCCGCCGCGCGAUCGGCGGCGGUUGCCGCGCGGCCCGCGCCUGAGAGAAAGGGGGCCCGCCCGCUGCGCUGCACCAGCGAGAGAGGAGCGCACGACCUGUGCGCCAGCGCCGGAGGCGGCAGCCCCCGCUCACCAGUCGGUGGCCAUCCCGUCGGGCCGGGACCUCGCCCGCUUCGUGGCGCCCGCGUUCUGCAACGUGAUGGCGAACUCCUCCAUGAGUGCAGUGGACAAGUUGGCAAUCGGCUACCACAGCACGCUGCAGUUGGCUGCGCUCGGCUAA